CCGCUGAGAGCAUAGCCCGAGUCUCUCUCCUUGUCCGCUUUUGAGGCGCAAACAGGUACCCGCGGCGGCUGUGGGUGGAGUCAAGAUCGCCCCGCCCUCUGAAAGUGGGGUAUAAAAGAGUGACGCGCUGCUCCGCCCCUCUGGAAGCGGGGUAUAAAAGGGUGAGGCGAUGCUCCGCCUGAGGCACUUCAGGAGAGUCGCGGAGCUAUGAGGGUUUGGUGGAGUCUUUGGGGGUUUCUGGGGGUCGGGGUAGCGGUGGUCUGUGAGGCUGCCCUGGGCUCCUACCCUCGUCUCCGCUCGGCCUCCCGCCCGGAUCCCGCCUCGGCUUCCUUCAGUCGCUCUUAUCGUACCUGCUACUUCGACCAGAAGAUUGACCACUUUGGCUUUGCUGAAGACGGCAAGUUCAAGCAGCGCUUCCUCAUAGCAGACCAGCACUGGAGGCCAGGUGAUGGGGCAAUCCUUUUCUAUACAGGCAACGAAGGCGACAUCACCUGGUUUGCUAACAAUACGGGUCUUAUGUGGAACGUAGCUGAGGAGCUUGGCGCCCUCUUGAUAUUUGCUGAGCACAGAUACUAUGGGGAGUCCCUGCCCUUCGGGAACAAAUCGUUCGACGAUGCCAGAUAUCUGAAUUACCUGACAUCGGAGCAAGCUCUGGCGGACUUUGCAGUCCUUGUCCGGCACCUGAAGAAGACUGUCCCGGGAGCCCAGGACACCCCUGCCAUUGCCAUAGGGGGGUCAUAUGGCGGGAUGCUUGCUGCUUGGUUUCGAAUGAAAUACCCCCACGUAGUGGUUGGAGCUCUCGCAGCGUCGGCUCCCAUCUGGCAGUUUGCAGACUUGGUUCCUUGCAGCACCUUCUAUAACAUAGUGACUCAGGACUUUCGCAAGAGCGGGAACUGCUGUGCGGACAGCAUCCGGAAUUCCUGGGCUGCCAUCGACCGUCUGGCUUCCACAGCCGAAGGCACCCGGUGGAUGUCUUGCACUUUCCGGCUGUGCAGUCCGUUGAAAACUGCACAGGAUGUGGCUAACUUCAAAGGCUGGCUGAGUGAGACCUGGGUGAACUUAGCCAUGGUGGAUUACCCCUAUCAGGCCAAUUUCCUGCAACCUCUCCCUGCCUGGCCUAUUCAGGUGGUUUGCAAAUUCCUGCAGCGGCCCAAACUUCCUGACAAAGCCCUGCUGAAAAACGUCUUCCAAGCCGUCAACGUCUACUACAACUACUCCGGCAAUACGUCGUGCUUCAGUUUAUCUCAGACUGCUACGCAGAGCCUUGGGAUGCAGGGCUGGUAUUACCAGGCAUGUACUGAAAUGGUGAUGCCCAUGUGCGCGGACGGCGUCAACGACAUGUUCGAGCCGCAGCAGUGGGACUUCCAGAGCUACUCGGACGAUUGCUACAAGGCGUGGGGCGUGCGGCCUCGUCCUUCUUGGAUCCCUACUUCCUACGGGGGGAGAAACAUCAGCUCGCACAGCAACAUUCUUUUCAGCAACGGUGGGCUUGACCCGUGGUCCGGGGGUGGAGUGACUCGGAACAUCACCAACUCUCUGGUGGCCGUCGUGAUCCCGGAAGGCGCCCACCACCUGGACCUGCGCUCCAACAGCCCUUACGACCCCAACUCCGUGCUGCAGGCCCGGCUGCUGGAGGUCCACUUCAUGAAGCUCUGGAUGAAGAAGGACGAGGAGUACAGACGCAGGAAAUAACCCGGACCUUUUGCCUUCUGUGGGCGGGACUUCCCUGUGAUGUCAUCUGGGAACUCUGCUGAGCUGGACCUCAUUGAGCUGUCCGGGCUUAUUAAGCGGCUGUCAAGACUAUUGUGCAAGGGCUGUGAAACUAAAUUUGACAAAAAUCGGCGGGGGCUUUUGCUGGGCAGCCCCAGUCUGUUCCGGUUGCAUUUGGCUUUUUUUUUCCCAAGCAGCCCAAUAGCACAGUUUGGAAAGCUCUCCCUCCAACCCCCCCCCCCACCCCCAAGAAAAAUGCUGCUAUUAUGGCUGCAUCUGCUCCUAACUCCAGAAAGAUAUAAGCACAAAUGUAUGUGGCGUUUUCAUCCUUUUCGGGAUGCCUUCUGGAAGAAAAGCAGUCACAAGUCACACACAAACACACACGCCUUCAUCGCCCAUGUCCUUUGGACAUCUGGCCAUCAUCUCCUGUGACAGCCAGUGGUUUUGAUGGCUUUAAAAGAAGAUGAAUUGUAUUCACGGAGGGCAAUUCUGUGAGCUGCGUCGGCUAGAUGGAACCUUCAUUUUCGGAGGCAGUCUAUCCUUGUACGUCCGGUGCUCGAGGGACGAAUCCCACUAGUUAGAGAUGCUGGCCUGAGCUGGUGGGUCUCCCCAGAUUCUAAUCCAGCUGGCCGGACGACGUAGCGUGCCGCGGGAGGCAGUAAAGUUGAAGGACCCUCCCCCCUGCAUGGCUGUGUUUGGCAGACCGGAAGUGCCAAAAUAAGCUUGCUGGCACUAGUCCUUUUAGUUUGCAUUUGUUUUAUGUUCAGGAGCUUUUAGUUUGCAUUUGUUUUACGUUCAGGAGCUGAGUAGCGACCGAGCAGCGUGAAGCAUUCCGUAAGCAGCUUUGGCUUAAUAGGAGCGUGCAGAGGGAAGAGGGCCUUUUCAAGGAAAUAACUUUUCCCCCUGCGGGCCGCUUUCUUCCCUCACAAUCUAUCCUUCGUAGCUGUUCCCCCUCCAUCCAGGCCUUGUUCUCUGUGCCUGCCCAGGGAGGAUAGCAGAGAGGGGGCAGCGGGCAAGAGGAUUUUGUGCUUGAUUUGCAGCAUCUGAUUUUUUUGCGGGGGGGGAAGGGGGAUAUUGCUACGUUGGGCACCACUGAAAGAAUUGUUGGUUUUUGAGAGCUCAGCUUGCAUUGCUGCAGGAUUUUCCGCUAAUACUAGGGAAAAAAAUGUUUGAAGGUUCUUUCUUCACCCAGCUGUGGGCCAAACCUGUACUGCUGCUCUUGUCUUUUUGCACUUUGUCCUUCGGGACCCCUUGUCACAAAAUACAGGUGCGUUUCAGGCAAGCCUCAUUUCCCACUAAGGGAAAUUAAAGAAACUGCUGCCGUGGUGCUGAGAGCUGGCAGAAGAUAGUGGAUACAGCGUUGUACUA